CCUGAUGGCUGAGAACUAUUGGGGGGCUGCAGAAGGAGGGAGACAUGUCUGAAAACACUCAGAAAGUUAGUUUCACUUUUUCCCAUUUGGGAGGAGCUCUCCCUGGGUGAUUGUACACACUUCCUGCUCAGGACUGGGCAGCCACAGUAGAUGCAGGCUGGGGACACAGGAGGGCUACAAGCCCAGAAAGGGCCCAAGGCAAGACGAUGGCCAAUGGAGGCACUGAACUCAGCACCAGAAGAUGAGAACAUACAAAACAAGCAUAUCAAUGACAUUGCAUUCACAUACUUCAAAAAAUAUAAGGUGGAAAUUUCAGGCGCAAUAACAACAACAUUUCCUUUCCUUGAACUUAUCCGGGACCGUGGAUUCAUCACCAAUGAAAUGUAUGAAAAAUCUCAAGAAUCUUUUAAAAAACGGUUUUCUGUACAUGAAGUCAUAUAUGAUAUUCUCAGUGAACUGGAGAAGAAAUUUGACAUGUCCGUUCUGCGAGCACUGUUCAGCAAUAUCAUCAUAAAUAAAUACCCUGAUUUACUUCGCAUUUAUAAAAUAUUCUACAAAGUGAUACCAGACAUAAAGUCCUUCCUAGAGAGUGAUAAAGAAGAAAAUGAGGAGAGGCUUAAUAACCAACUAAGCCUGGAACAAGGAACUGGUGGUAAUUCAUAUCAAAGGCCGAUAUGGUUAGGCCCAGAUGCCACAAAUUACAAUGGUACAGCCCUACCUGAACAUGGACUCUCAGAGCACUGCUGUGAAACACAAGAGAUAAAUGUGAAUGAAACAAGCACAACCACUGACAACAAUAAUGCACUAGAAAACCAACAAGGAAAUGAAAAAUGUGCUCAAGAGUCUGAGCAGGAAGGAGCAGAGCUACUCCACCAUGGAAACAAAACCAGUUCCUGCUCUUUAGACCUGGUGGAUAUAAAGAAGAAAAUGCCAUUUUUAUAUUCAGGUGUUGAAUGUGAAGCCCAAGCAAGGACUGGCUGUAACCAGGCUUCUAUCAGUAUAGAGAUCAACAGUGAGGACUCCAGAGAAUCCAGUGAUGGAGGUGAGCCCCCUGAAGCUUCCACCUCAGCAUUGAAAAGGGAGCCAGGUACUGUGGAUUUUGGAAACAACUCCAUUUCAGAAAAAGUCAAGAAGAGAAGAAGGACAAAAAUGCGCACAGAUGAGACUGUGGAUUUUAAGGCUGAAAUACUUCCUCUGACCUGUGGGGUGAUGGUGGGCAUGUUAAUUAAGAGAAAAUUGAAACGAGGAGCCACGGUGAAGUGCAUAAGGAGAGAGGAUGGAAAUUGGUUCACCCCAAGGGAAUUUGAAGUUGCAGGAGGCUAUGAAAAAUCAAGUAACUGGAAGAACAGUGUGUGCUGUGGUGGGAGAACCCUAAAAUGGAUGAUACAGCAAGGAUAUCUACUUAAACCUCCACGUGGCGUGAAGAAAAAGCUGAAAAAAGCAGAGAAAUGCAAGAUCUGUGGGGAUGAAGGAAAGCUCUUCAACUGCAGCUGGUGUUUCAGCUUCUUUCAUGGGGACUGUCACAUCCCACCUGUGGACUCUAAGAGGAACAAUUGGAAAUGUACCUUCUGCAAAAUAAAAAUGUCUUCACGAAGUCAGCAGCAAGCCAGUGAAUCUGAGGUCCUGGCAAGACCGAUGAGGCCUGAAGAGAAGAUGAAAUGUGAAUUCCUACUCCUAAAGGCCUAUUGCCAUUUCGAGGGCAACGUUUUUCCGAAUAUUCCACAUGAAAAUUAUGUUCAAAAGGCUUCUCAAUGCCUAGAGACACUUAGGAGAUUGGAUGAAAUCAAGAAUAGUCUAAAUGAUGGAUGUUAUGCCCAAGUUGAGGGGUUUGUGCUUGAUAUGAACAACAUCUAUCAAGAUCCUAAGCACAAUGACUCAGACCUAACAGAAGAGGAAUUUAAGAAGAAUUUCAAAAAAGUCUUUGCUAUUCAGUAAACAAAUCAGAACAGUUCACUAGUGUAGUGGAUGCUGUUGAUACCCUGGAAAAUCUCGCUUUCAGGCAUAUUUCUCAUCCCUGCUGUUAUGUGUAUUGAUUGCUUAUGCCAUCUCUCCCCAGUGUAUUUCUUUGGGCCAAAUGGAGGCAUAUUCACCUGAAGGUUAAAUCUCUUUGUCCUGGGGGCUGGUUCCCAGCACCAAAGAUGAACCAACCAUGUGGAGUGAUUCAUGUUCCUGUGCUCCUCAGGGAAUCAGGCUAGAGCUGGUCUCCAGCUAUGACCACAUCCUUGCUUAGCAUUUCCCAGCACAGUGUCCUGCCUUCCUUAUCCCUUUUCCUCUGGAGAAAAUUCUCACAAUAAAUCACUGACUAAAGAGUCUUUGUCUCAGGCUU